GCAAAAGAUAUUUGAAUUCCAACUUGGAAGUCUCUCUCUCUUUCUCUGGUUCUAGUUUUCUUUUGAAGAAAUUUGAUAAAGCUCUAGAUUAUCAAUGGAACCAUCUGCAAGGAUUCUUUCCUCUACUCAGUUCCCUUCUCUUUUCCCGCUGCCCAAUUUAAACAGAAGCAAUGUUUUUCCAGUUUGGCCAAAAAAGCCAAAAGCUACCAAGUCUAUGCGCUUGCAUUGCAGUAAGAUGUAUGUCCCCGGGUUUGGAGAAGCCUCACCAGAAUCAAAGGCAGCCAGAAAUCUGCAUAAUUUCUUCACGUAUGUUGCUGUUAGGAUAGUGACUGCGCAGCUUGAGAGCUAUAAUCCAGAGGCGUACCAGGAGUUAAUGGAGUUUCUUGAUAGACAUUCAUUGAAUGAUGGGGACAAAUUCCUGGCCAGUUUGAUGCGGGAAUCGUCAAGGCAUAAAUCUCUUGCAUUGCGCAUUCUAGAGGUUCGAUCUGCAUACUGCAAAAACGAUUUUGAGUGGGACAACCUCAAGCGAUUAGCUUUCAAAAUGGUUAGUGAAUCCAACACGAGACUGAUGAGAGAAUACGUGACGGAGACAAGUCCAUCAGACACCGAGAAGUGAUGAAAUCCUGCAUUGUCUUCACUUUUUGCAGUAAAACAAGAGAGGAUACAUAAAUCCAGUGUGUGUAUGAUAUGAGAUGAGUAACAAAGAAAAAGUAGUAACCCCAGUGAUGGUAAUACACGGAAACAUUCAUUCUAAAUAUUCUUGCGAGCUACAAAAUAAUAUUUAUCACAAUUUAAAUUGUUCAAUGGUUGUAAAGCUUUCAAA